AUGGCUGAACCACCCACGCCCGAUUUGUCACAUUUAAGUGCAGAAGAACGACAAAUUAUUGAGGAAGUACUUCAACGACAACGUGCUGAAGAGGAGAAAGAAACACAACUUAGCCAAAAAGCAGAUGAAGAAUUGGAAGCAAUCGAAAAGCAAAUCAAUCAACGAAAAGAGAUUGCACAACGUCUUGUUGGUACACAGGAUGAUGCCAUCUGUCAAAUUUGUCAAAAAACUAAAUUUGCAGAUGGCAUUGGUCACAAAUGCUUUUAUUGUCAAUUACGAUCGUGCGCUCGUUGUGGUGGUCGUACGGCAAGUAGAAAUAAACCAAUUUGGGCGUGUUCAUUGUGCCAACAACGACAACGAAUUCUUGCUAAAACUGGCAAAUGGUUUCAACAAGCUGCAAUGGCUGAUGAAGCUAAAGGGACAGCUAGUCCAGGUGACAUAAGUCCUACCUAUUCUGCACCACGAACACCAGUAUCAUCGAUGAGUCGUAAGAGCAGUAUGAUAAGUCCAACAACACGAGCAGCCAAUAAUGCCUCAUCAUCUUUGGUAACAUCUGCUGGCCUAGGCUCAAAUAUGCAAAUAUCAUCAUCAGCCAUAACCAUUCAUUCCGAUGCUAAAAAAUCUGUUCCGGUAAAGCAAGAACGAUCACAGCUAACACGUAAACCGGUAAAUUCAACCAUUAAACGACAAACGACACUUUUACGACAACCAUCUCUUGAGACGGAACGUCGAAAUGGUACAACCGAUUCUAUCACAACACAUCAACAUGAUAGCUCAAAACAACACAAUGAUUUAGAUGAAUGUUCAGCUGAUCGAUCGAUAAGUGCUGAAAGUUUUGAUCAAAUGAUACCAACUGAUUAUAAAUUAUCAUCACAACAAACUAAAACAAAUCAACAAAUCAAUGAUAAAAAAUUUUUGCAAAAUAAAUUAACCACUGAAUAUGAUUAUGUAAAGAAGAAUAGGACUAAAAGUCCUGAAAGAUUACGACAACAACAACAACAACAACAACAACAACAACAACAACAACAACCUGGUAGAUCAUUUGAUGAUCAAAAUCAAAGACGUGUAAGUAGCGGUAGUAUAAGUCAUAAACAAUCACGUGAUGAUACGUCUUUUCACGUUAAUGAUAGGUAUCAAUCUCGAGAAAAAUCAGAUAUUGUAAAUCGAGAUGAACGACAGCAAAAAGAAAUGGAAAGUGGUAUACAACCUGAAAAGAAUACUUGUUCCACUGUUGUUGUUAGCGUAAAUUCGGGUGGUGGCGCUGAAUUACGUCGUUCACGUAUCGUACGUGAAAGUGAUUCUAAACGAAUUAAUUCACCAACUGAAGCUGAACAACAAGUUAAUCCGUUACCAUCGGCAACGAGUAGUAGUGUAUUCUCAACAACAGGAAGACGAAAAAUAAGACUUUCAAGACAACUUCAUUCGAUGUCAUCGUCUGAGGAUGAAUUACCAUCAACAUCAAAUGGUAAUAAUGAAGAAAUGGUACCACAAAUUGGUACAGAAAUUAGUUUUGAAAAAGAUAUUCUAAGGUAUAUUUAUGGUUCACAAAAAAUGCGAAAUGGACGUAAAUUUUUAUCUGAUUCAAAUCGUAAAUUUCAACGCAGUAACGAAGUGAUAAAUGCGCCAAUGAUACAAUCAACAAUUUUACCUGGUGAUAUGCUUGCAGCUAAAAUACGCACUUAUCUUUCUCAUCCGGUAACCUGGCAACCAUCAGCAGAUCAACAUCGUCUAAUCGGUCAUAUGAUAUUGCAUAAAGCAAAUGGUACACAUGGUGAUCUUGGCUUAAAGGUUGUUGGUGGUCGACGAUCAGAUACCGGUCGUUUAGGUGCAUUUAUUACACAGGUAAAACCUGGAUCUGUUGCUGAUACUAUUGGUCAUCUUCGAAAAGGUGACGAAGUAUUAGAAUGGAAUGGUCGUCAAUUACAAAAUGCAACAUUUGAUCAAGUUUAUGAUGCGAUCAAUUCAUCAAGGCAUGAUACACAAGUUGAAUUGAUCGUUUCACGUUCAAUGAGUAUACCCGGUGGUGAUGAUUUCCUGAAUGUACAAAGGAUGUUACCGAAUCCGGCAUUUCUUCCAACCGGUGGUGGAACAGGAAUUGGUAAUUAUUAUCUAAACAAUUCAUUGGAUACCACUGGUUUCAUACAUACACAAUCAGCAACCACUUCACCUUAUAUGCAAUCAUUUAUUAAUUCAAAUUUUAAUUCUGCAUUGAUCCAUAAAGCAAUCGAAUCACCAUUAUAUGAUACUGCUGGACCAUCAAGAAUAAUUGCAUCUAAUGAUUUUUCUGGCAGGCAAUUUGGAAGAGGACAGAUUUUUGGACGAAUUGAGAUUUCGUUAUAUUACGGUGCGGCAGAAAGGCAACUUGUUGUUACAAUAAGACAUGCAAUAGAUUUACCACCACGACCGGAUGGUACAGCUCGUAAUCCGUAUAUUAAAUUAUUUCUUCUACCGGAUCGAAGCGAAAAAAGUCGUCGACAGUCUGCCGUACUUGUAGAAACAUGCAAUCCGAUCUGGAAUGAACCAUUUUAUUAUCAUGGACUUACCAAACCUACGUUAAUGGAACGUGUUCUGGAGGUGACAGUUUGGGAUUAUGAUCAAUAUGAGACAAAUUCAUUUAUGGGUGAAGUGCUGAUUGAUUUUACAGUUGCUCAGUUAGAUGAUGAACCAUUUUUGUAUACAUUGGUAGAUAUGGAUGAAGAUAAUCCGCUUAGAGCAAAGUUACAACAACGUCGUCUCAAUAUUUAUCACGCAUCCACACGCUCAAAAAGUGAAAUGGGACAUUAUCCAAACAUUCAUCAACAACGUGCAACUGAUUACGUGGCUAAUUACGAAGCUUAUCAUCCUGGAUCGCGACAGCAAUAUAUGAUGCAUCCAAAUUAUGGAAUGCGUCGAUCACGGACAUAUGAUCGGAGUGGAGCACGAAUUGAGGAAGAUUGGACAGUAGCCCAUCCAUCAGGAUACUUAUCCGAUCAUGGUUACAGUAAUCAUAUGCCGGUUCGUUAUUCACAACGAGAGAGAAGACCACGAUCUGCUACUGCUAUGCGUCCAUUAACAGAUAUACGAACUUACAAUCGAAAUUUGCCACCAGCUCCAUGGGUUGCAGAUGAGGAAGAUGGUCAACAGGUAUCAAUGCCACAAUCAGCACAGGCGCUAACAAGGUUUCCUCGAGAUCCACGAUCACCCAAUGAACGAUUAAGAUUAGAAGCAAUGCAUGAGCAGCAACCUGGAUAUGGAAGUGAUGGAUCAGAAACAUUAAGUAUACAUUCAGCACAGAGUAUGCCUACAAGGCAACCACCACGUCGUAUAGCAAAUGGUGAAAGUGAACAAGUAAGUAUGAAUCAACAAUUAGAUGAUAAUGUAGAGGAAUACAUCGAAGAAGGAGCUAUAAGUGAUUCUGUGAUGGCUAAAGGAAGUGUUACCACAAAUACCAAAGAUCGUAAAAAAAGUUUGAUGACAAGACUUAUUCCGGGUAGAAAUGCUCCACUUGAAGGCAAAAGGACAGGAUUUCAACGAUCAGAAGAAGUGGGUGUGCCGGAAGGCUUAACCGUACCAGGCGAUUAUCUUCAAGCUCCGUUCAUGAAGCAAACUUCAAAGGAAUCAACAGAUUCCUCACAUAGUGAUAAUUUGGGACCAAUUUUAACCGAUGGUCCAUUGGGAAGUUUUGUUGAUAGCUUGGGACCUGGCCAGGUUGUGGGUCGACAAGUUUUAGCAAGUCCGGUACUUGGUGAAAUACAAAUAGGUAUAUCAUCAGGUAGAGCAGGCAUUGAUGUUGAAAUUAUUCGUGCUAAAAAUCUUGUAGUUAAGCCAGGUGUGAAAGUUAAUCCAGCUCCGUAUGUUAAAGUAUAUUUGUUGGAAGGUAAACAAUGCAUAGCUAAAGCGAAAACACGUGCAGUAAGAAGGACCACUACACCGAUAUUUCAGCAACAUAUCGUUUUCUCUGAGACACCACGAAAGAAGAUGCUUCAGAUAACAGUAAUGGCUGAUUAUGGUCGAAUGGAACGGAAAUCAUUUAUGGGUAUUGCACAAAUCCGAUUGGAUGAUUUAGAAUUGACUUCUGAGCCAAUGGUUGGCUGGUAUAAGUUGUAUCAUAGUUCAAGCCUAGCCGGUACUGGACCAGUUCGUAAAGAUAGUGAUACAAGUUUGACUGAAAUAAAGCAAUGA